AUGUGUGCUAAUGUUCUUCCCGUUUCUUCACAUCUUUUAAGCAUUGAUGAUGAAGAAAAUGAGAAUGUCCGACUGCAGUCGGAGCUCGACCGCCUUAUUAAGGACGAAUUUGACGCUACGGAGUUUGACGUACGUUCCGAUGUUGCCGAAUCCUUAGCAUCUCACUCAACGCAAGAGAAUGCUUCAAUCAAAGGACAUGCUUUUGAAUCCGACGGAAGGGGUUCUUCAUUCACCCAUGAUUUAUUUGCUGCGGGGAAAUCUAAUGCAGAGGUCCCAUGCGGAAUCUACCAACUGACUCAACAAAACUACCGGCUUUCUCAUCACCAGUACCCUUAUUCAGAUGUUCGCAAUGUAGAGACCCAAGGGAUGGUCACUAAGAAUGGGGCAUCAAGUCCUCAAUUUUACGAACUGCUUUUACAGCCCCAAUGUGACGUGAUCCCUGUGGCUAACGUUGCAAAUCCAUUUUACGAGAGCUCUCCUCCCAACCAAUUUCAAUGUACUGCGAUGUCCCAACAACCGGCUUUUAGCACACCCAAUCUCUAUGGCCACGUUGACGAAGGGCUUGCUGUAUCUCAAGUUCAGCAACACGCGAGAAGCUGUACACCGAUACCCUCUAACUCAUCUACGCCUCGUCAGUCACAUACUUGUUCAUCGAAUGCUUUUAUGAGGGCCGUACUGAGUCCACAGCCGGAUGAAAAUGCCUCACCGGCCCGUCUAAGUCCUAUUCAAAACUACCACUGUGAUAUAAAUAUUGAUGAUCCACCAAUCCUCACUCAAGCUAAAUUAGAAAUGAAGACUCAGUUCGAUGAAAGAAAUCGUGAGUGUCUAAUCUUUGAAGCUCGUGGUCGGCAGCUACAGGAAGCGCAACAACAAAUACUUAUUCUAAAAGAAGAAAUAGCUCAAAAUGAGCGGCUGAACCAUCACAAGGAAAUACUUGCAAAAGCCGAGAUCGAGAACCUGACGCGGGAGUUGGAACGAACAGAAUCUUUGAGAAACACAGCUGAGAAAAGGAAUGCGGAAUUGGCUGAAACCAAUUCCAACCUCCUUAAUGAAAUAGCAGCAGUGAAACACCUUAAAGCGGAGGUAGAAAAGAAGUUGGCAGAUGUUGAGGCCACGAAUGCUUCACUCUCUUCACAACUCGUGCAACUUUCUAGUGGUGCCAGUUUGAGUCUAGCAAAGCAGCGCGAAAACAACCUGACUGAGUGUCUUACUCGUCGCCACGCAAUGGCUGAAGAUGUUCUUCGUGAAAAUCUGGAAAUGGCUCAGCGGAGAAUUGCGGAUAAGGAUCACGAGCUGACUUCUCUUCGCAAGGAUCUAGAGUUGGAACGUCUCCGUAUCCAAGAGUUAACUGCGAAAAAUGCUGAAUUCGUUGAAAGCCUUCAAGGCAAACUGAAAGCUGCACAAGAGAGAUGCUGCGAACUAUCCUCAUCAGCCCUUUGUGCUGAAGUUCAUGAAUUAAGGCAACGCAUCAAGGAGGUUCUCACUUCAAAAACAAUUACCGAUGAUAUCAACGAAAUAUUACAGGAAGAGUUGAAAGAUGUUCGAGAACAAAUGGCAUUGUACGAACAGAGCCUGGGUAUCAACGCUGUCGGAGAAACUGAAGCUGAGGCCUCCUCCGUGUAUAAUUCAGAUGACGUUACUCCAAGACGCCACUUGCCUCUCUUCCAUGACUCUGGAGGUGCUGUUCUCUCGACGAUCGUGACCAAGCCUUCGCAAGGCAGUCCUCGACGCCGCAGUUUCCAAUCAGUUACGUUCGCCACCCAUUUGGAGGGUUGCGAGAUUGGUGACACUCUCGAUGUUGCGAGACUACGAAGGCCCUCCUCAGCAAUCGCUGCACCUCUAUCUUCCACGAGGAAUCAUGAAGCCACUACUAACACGGUGGCGGUGGCAGCUGUUAGCGACGAUGAGGUAAUCUCGAUUACGCCCUCCCGGCGGUCAGCCUUAGAUACAAAGCCCGAGAUUGGUCUUCAUACGACACAAGACCACAUCAAGGAUUCUUCAUCCAAAGUUAAAGACUCCAUCAUCUCCCUGACUCUCUCUUCAUAUCGAGCGAAGCGAGCACAAAUCACUAACCUCCACGAGAAGCUCUUCGCCACACGCUGUGAUCUGCACAAAGCUGUGGCCGAGCGUGAUCGCGCUGAGGUUGCUCGGGCUGACCUGCAGAUACGCGUUCUUGCCUUGGAAAAGGAGCUGAAUCUACAGGCAGACGUACGUAAACCUGGUCCACGGGAAUCUGCUCUCAUCGGGCAACUGGAAAGGCUUCAGGCAGACUAUUCUCGUCUGGAAUCGGAAUUGCAGACUGUUCGUGGUCGGUUACAAGACGCGCUUGCGGCUGAGGCUCGAACGGCAGCAGCGGAACGUACAGCUCGGGAGCGAUUGGAGGCAAGCGCUGCUGAGCGCGAGGCUGCGGUUGAGCGCGCCCGUGCUGCCUGCGAGGUGCACUACACAGCUGCACGACGCCGUCUGGAAACGCAGCUCAAUACUGAGCACGAAUGUCAUCUACACCAGCUCAAACAGGAGGUCAUUCUUUCCAGGGAAGAAACUGCGGCUUAUCGAAAUGAGCUCGAACGUGUUAACAAACUGCUUCAAGAAUCAAAAGAGGCCACUGCGCAUGCCGUACAACUGGCUUUGGCUGAGUCAAUGGAGGAACGCGAGUGCGAGCGCAUUCGAUUUUGGCGAGAGGAGUUACCCCGUCAGAUUGAGCAGGUGCGGCGUAGUUUGUUAUGCGAUGCUGAGGCAAGAUCGGCACUUGAGGCUGACCGGGUUCGCUCCUCCUGCCAGGUGGAAUUUGAGGCCCGUAUGGAUUCCUGCCUAAAGGAGCACCAGGCGGAGUUAGAGCGUUUGCGCCGGCCAAAACCAACUUGUGAUCAAGCUGUUGAUUGCACCUAUGUGGCACACAUACAGCCUUUGUCUGCUCACAGUUUCCCCUUAUUGGGUAAUCUCAUCUCUGACAGCCUCUUUGCGCAGCUUGCUUCUAUUCCUGACGUUGCUAAUCUUUUGCCCCUCAUUGAGGCGAAUCUUGGUCCUAUUCUGCGCAACGUUGCCCAGGCCCUAGUCCAACAAGUCUCCAAUAUCACUACAACGUCCCUGCUUGAGGCAAUUAGUGAUUUUGAUGUGCUCAAAGACUGCCAAACUCAGCUGAAGAGAAAACUCGCGUUGAAGCAGCGUCAUAAUUCCGUUAUCGAAACAAUGCUGAAAAUGCUUGCAGAUCUGGUUAGCAUUGACCUAUCUUCAGAAAUUACGGCAAUGCGUAAGCUUGCCGGCGGGUUUGCUAAAUUUAGCAAAAUUACGCCUGAAUUGAGGCACCAAAUUGGGGAGCAGCCGCCAACUCCAGGUGACGUCAUAAGCGAAGUGCGGGCAUAUGUCCAAUCUUGCCAAGAGAGGUGUGCCAUGGCCUUGCAGACGGGUCUGGUACGCGCACACCGUCGCGCAUGCAGGCAAUUGUCGUUGCGUUUGCGAACUGCGCUCUCCGAGUCUGGUCUACCUCUUCCCUCCGUUGCUCUCAGUAACAUACCUGUGUCUCCCAAGCAUACAACGUUGGGGCUGCCCGAAUCUCAACUGGAGUCUCUCCUGCACGUCAUUGACGGGGUUUGCACUGCCUCCGAGAUGGCAUUUUCCGAGAAUUCUCUCAAAGGUCAACAAGUCUUCUCGCCUCUAUCUCGUAUACACAACCUCCAAAACAAAUCUCAACCCAGCGAUGUUAGUUUACACACUCGCGGUUAUUUUGACCUUGCCUGA